CCCUGCCCCCCUGGGUGCACACCAUCGUGCAGUACUUCCAGAUCGCCCUCUUCGUGCCGGAUGUGAUCGGACCGGGCUGCACCGUCAGCUACUCCUUCGUGCAGCAGUGGGCGUCACCAUGGUCAUCCCCGUUUUAGGCGUCCUCGUUUACGCGUGCCUCUACCUGACGCACCGCCUCUACGGCCUCGCCGUCACUCGAAUCUACGGAGCACCCAAGAACCACCUCAUCACCAGCACCACCACCCUUCCUCCUGCUCCUCCUCCUCCUGCCACUGCUUCGGCUGCCCGUGCUGCUGCCGCCAACGGUACCUCUGCCGCCAACAGUGCUGCUGCUGCCAUCGGCGGCUCUCGCGCCGAUGACUUAGCGCCGCUGACAACGAAGCGGGAGAUGUUUGACAAGUACGAGAACACGCUUAUUCACGGGGUCACCAACUGGCUCGACCUCAGCUAUGCAGCCGUGACCUACCGCUGCUUCCAGGCUUUCUACCAGCACUGGUAUGGGGCGGAUGUGAUGGGAGCAGCGCCAUAUAUCGAGUGGUUCUCGGAGACCCACAAGGUGGUGUUUGCGCUGUCAGUGGUGAUCGCGGUGGUGUACGUGGCGGGCGCGCCUGUGUGCUACGCGCUGGUGCUGUGGCUGGGGAAGGCCAAGGGGAUUUUGCGGGGUCACACGUAUAAGAUGCGGUGGGGGUGGAUGGUGAGCAGGUACGAGUACGACUACUUCUGGUGGCAUCUCACGUGCUACGCGCGGCGCAUCAUCCUUGUUUCCAUCGCUGUCUUCGGCGUGCAGUCGCCCCAGACUCAGGUGUCGGUGACCCUCCCCCUGCAGGCCAUCCGCAUCGGCCUGCAGUACGGCGCGUCCCCCUUCGCAGCCUUCUCGCACGACAUCCUCAACUCGCUGCUGGCCCUGGCGGAAUUCCUCUUCACCGUGGCGCUCACGGGGUACAACUACAUCGGCAUCGACACCGGGGCCAACGUGCUCUUCGGCUUCUCCUUCGCCCUCAUCUUUCUGCCCACCCUGGCCAUCCUCUGCUACGAGCUCAUCAACUGGUACAUCACGCGCUGCAACUGCCGCGAGCUGAACCACAUGUGGCAGAAGGACAAAGCCAAGAAGUCCAUGCGCUCUCGCAAGCGCCUCAUCUCCCUCUCCGUCGACGACCUCGUGCACCCCUCUGACGUCGCCCGCUGGUUCCGCCCGCACGUCCUCUCCGCCUUCCUCCACUACUACUCCCCCGCCUCCUCCGCCUACCAGGCCGCCCGCCGCAAGACCCUCUCAGAUGAGGUCGAAUCCGGGGUGGACGGCGCUUUUCGGACGGACCAAACCGGUGACGGCGACGCAGGAAGCGGUCCCGGUUGGGAACGGUUCUGCGGCUUUGGGCCCGAUUUUGAGGCGGCUCAGAACCAAGCCUCAAGUGGAGGUUUGGAGCAUCUGAGCACGGCUGAAAUGCGGCGGCGGCGGCGGCUGUUACUUCGACUACGGGACCGGUUUGAGCAAAUUCGGCUGGCGGGGCCGGGGGAUACUAAGUGGACGAAACACUUAAGUAAGAGUCAGAUGUAUGGCGUGCUGUCACAGGCGCUGCUGGGGGCGGCGGUGGGGGAGGUGACGGUGGCGAGGAUGCCAGUGAGCCGGGGGAGCGAGGGGCUCCUGGAGGGUGGUGCUGGUGGCAGCGGUGCUGCUGCUGCUGCUGGUAGUGGUGGUUGUGGUGCUGGUAUCAGUGGUGCUGGGAUUGAUGGUGGCCCUGGCUCUUGGGGAUGCUCCGUUGGUGCCGCCGGUGUUGAGGGCGGUGGGGGGGGGUAUGGGUUCAGUGGCAGGUUGGUAGGCGACAGCAGCAGGCUCACAGGUGCUUCUACGCCCACCAACAGACUUAGCACAUCUGAUGUCGGGUCAAAGAGGCUUGGCACCCCCGAAGCUGGCUCCAGGAGGCUCAGCACCCCUGAGGCUGGCUCAAGGAGGCUUGGCACCCCCGAAUCUGGCUCAAGGGCUGUGUCAAGAAGGCUCGGAACACCGGAGCUAGGGUCGGCAAGAAGAGUGUCAGUUUCUCUCUCAGGGGAAGGCGGAGAGGCAAGGUUGGUGGAAGCGGGGGCAGCAGCAGGAGCAGUGGCAGCGUCAGUGCCAAUUUCAGUUUCGGCAUCAGGUGGCUUGGAUGCAGCAGGGGGAGGUGCACCUGGGGGAGGUACACCUGGGGGAGGUACACCUGGGGGAGGUACACCUGGGGGAGGUACACCUGGGGGAGGUACACCUGGGGGAGGUACACCUGGGCGUGGUUCAGGACGCUUCGGGUCUCGGAGUCUGUCCAGACGAGAACGGUGGGUGCAGCCAGAGGCGAACAGAGGUGAAGCGAGUAGGGGAGCCGGUGGGGUGGGAACAGGAGGGGGAGCAGGGGGAGCAGGGGGGGCAGGGGCGGCAGGAGCAGUAGAGGACGUGGGAGUGGUGGGAGGGAUGGAAGCUGGGUUGGGAGCGGUGGGAUGGGAUGCAGAUGAGGAGGAUGAGGAGCGAAUGCUGCUGGAGUGGCCGCCCAGGCUGGAUCAUCACGUCAGCUGGACGGCAACUGAUGCUGAGGGCGGCGAGCUCCGGAGGCGGGGCUUGUCUGGGAGUGGAGCGGGUGAGGUGGAUGUCUUGGUGAAUGGGGAUAGAGAGGAGAGGGGGGAAGGGAUGGAGGGGGAUGAGUUGGAGGAGGAUGAGGAGAGGGAAGGCGAAGAGGAGGAGGGUGAGAGUGAAGGGGAUGAGGAGGAAGAGGCGGAGCAGGAGGAAAGAGGAGAGGGUGGGGGAAACAGCGCCACUGGUGAAAACGGUCAGCAUCAAAUGCAGCAGCAGCAGCAGCAGCAGCAACGGCAAGAGCACCAUCAGCAGCAUGGGCAACGCCAUGGGCAACGCCAUGGGCAGCAUCCAUCAGAGCAGCAUUCAGGGCAUGAGCAGCAGGCAGGGCAGCAGGCAUCGCAGCAGGGGGAGUACGUGGAGGCGCGCAUGAACAUGGCGGAGCUCACGCUGCUCUUCCAGCGCCACCUCGCCCUCCUCGUGCGCAACGAGGCCCUCCGCCGCCCCACCUCUCUGCGCCUCCUCCUGCGGUCCGAAGCCAUUCAGGACCUGCUGGCGUGGCUCACCUCGCCCCACUGUGAGCCCGAGGACCAGCAGCUGCUGAGGGACGUGGUGGCGAUGAUGCGGUCGGCAGCGGUGGCAGAGGCGGGCAGCCUGCACUGGUACCAGGGCUUCUGGGCGUUCUUCCGCACGCACUCUGUGCUGCACCGCGCCAAGACAUGUGUGCAGCCAUGCCUACCAUCAAAACCACUGCUGGAAGAUGGUUGACAUCUAACUGCAAUGCUGGGAGAUUGACUUAACACUGAUACACUAGAAACGCUGACGUCCGGAUGUAUUUCUGGGAGCCUAGCAUGCACCACUGCCGUAGCUUACCAACACCCUGUAUAAUAUUCAUUCAGGAAACGAAGGUCGUGAGUUGUGGA